GCGCGGGAAAUUCAAUUCAAAACGCUGGAGCGAUGGGUGAGGACGGACUCGGAAGAGAAGUAAAUAAAAUAAUGACGGUUAGCCCAAAGGUGGCGUGUGCCGUGGGUAAUGGCGGCGAUGCUCAGGGAGAACAGUGUGAUGGCCAGAGCAGAGGAGCGGAGCGGGAAGAGGACGCGGCGGGGGAGACGGAGCGCUCGGGCGGGAGGAGUCCCGGGCUCCCCGUCAGCACCGCUGCUUUCAGGGAGGCUCAGCGCCACACAGCUGCUGGCAGCAAGGACGCGUGUGAAAACGCACCAAACAUCAGAGCAGAACAAGGAAACGGAGAGGAAGAGAAGGAAAAUAAAGAUGGCACCGGAGCACCAGAGAGCCCGCAGGACAACAGUUUCCUACCUGGACACAUGCCUGGACAGCAGGAGUCUGACUGUAGCCAAGUGUCUGCACAGCAGUUUGUGUGCGAUUAUGACGAUGAGUCGAUUGCGAGGAGAGCUCGAGAGGAGGGCCGUGUUGACGUGGUUUUUCCAGGGAGCGUGACGCAGGAUGGCUGUUGCAGAUUCGUCUGUGAGUUGCUCAAGUGUGUCCUGUACCAGAGACAACAGCUGCCCAUGACCUAUGACCAGAUGGUUUUCUUUCAAAAGCAGCAGCUCACAACCUCACAGUUGGAGGAAGGAGCAGUGAGGAAAUCCAUCAAGCCCUCAGGAGACUCAAUUUGGCAGCGGUGCCAGCGGACACUGCGGGAGCUGGAUGAGGUACUGGGCCACCUGGAGGUGCUCUUCUCCCUCAGUUAUGUCCCCUGUGUGCUUUUCAUGCUAGGAGGCUCUGGGAUUCUUCCCACGGAGUUAUACGAGAUCAACAUGGAGGCUUUGGUGCAAGGAGGCAAUGACAGGAGUUUGAGAACUUCCCUGUGUUUGAGGCGUCUGUUUCGCACCCUUUUCGUGGCGGAUUUGCUUUCUGACGUUAAGCCAGUGCGCCUCAUGGGCACCACGGUCAUGGCGCUCGCCCACCGGGACUGUGGUGUAGCAUGGUUCAAGCCAAAAGUCGACUUCAGAGUUCCCACGAGAGUAAAGAGACAGGUGAUCUCGUUGGCCAGUGGCACUCCUGGAAGCGGCCAAAGAAAAGCAGACACGAGAGAUUGGGAUGAUUAUAUAUGGUUUCAAACACCUGUGACUAUUAAGGGUUUCUGUAAAUGACACUGUCCUCAAGGCAGGUAAAUGCAUGGUGCUGAAACUUCAGGGAUUGAUUUAGAGGACACCUGAUGAAAACCUCAAAACUGAGCGAGUUAUGUUUUAUUCAUGAAUUGAUUUUUAAUUAAAUGUCAUUUAAUUCACCUAUUUA